AUUGUGCGCAUGCGCAGAUUGUCUCAACUGGAAAUUCAAACAUCUUGAGUGUCCGAAACACUGAUCUAAUUCAGAUUUUAAAUGAACAGUUCAUCACACCUAUAUUUAAACAUCGUCAGGAAAUAUGAAUGGUUAUAAAUCUUUCUGAAUUAGUUUUAAAUGUUAUACUAAUUAGUUUCUUUCGACAGAUUUUCACGAUAAAAAAGCCAUACUUUGUAUGUUUACGGAAAUGUGCAUUUUUCUAAAUAAAGGGGAAUGUUUAAAAAUUUUGAUUAAUUAUCAGAAUGCAGAAUUAUGUGAUACAUGUUUAUUAUCAGCAUCUAUUAGACGCCUACAAAAUUCGAUUAAUCGUGAGAAAUGGCUGGAUUUAUUUAACUUGGUUUUGGAGUUUAACUGGACGCAAAUACUGGAACUAGAUGGCAGCCUCUCGAAGAGUGAUAUCUGUCAAAUUUUUCUCACCACAUCUAAGUUAGCCUGCUGCUUUUCAUUAAGGUAAUUGCGAAAUCUUCUGACGUAACAAUGAGUACCAUUAUGGAAGCUGAAGAUAUAAAUGAAGACUUUUUAAAAGACAUUUUAGGAAAGUUCAUAUACAAAGGGUGUGAAGUGCUAAUGGAAGCUAAUUUGGAAGGGCUGGAAGUGGCAAACCUUGGUGAAGAAGCAAAAAAAUUUAUCAGAAAAUUGAAAAGCAUUGUGAAAAAUGAAAAUAGGAACUAUUUAUUAUAUAGAAUGCUCUUAGCAACUAAAUUGGAACUUCCUGACAAAUUUAAUCCUUUAAUAUCAGUUUUAUGUAAAAGUAGACCUACACCAGUAUUAUUCAAUGAUGACAGUUCCUCUACGUACGCUGCUCUAAAAGGUAAAUAUGGGAAAGACGUUGACUACGUUCUCGAAGAGAUUUGUAUUAAUCGUGAAAUUCCUGAGGAUUCUAAACUAUUAAAAGCUGUAGAAACUUUAUGUAAUUGA